AUGAAAUUCUUGGAGACCAUAGUUGCGAGGGUUUUAGGUAUUGCUCUUUCUUUCAACAUUGUGGGAAACAUGAGCUGCAAUGCUGCUGGACAUUAUGACUUCUUUAAGUUUGUUCAGGAGUCUCCUUUUGCAUUUCGCAAAUAUGGUAAUGGAAAUAAUAGAUGCAACAUCCUACCUCUGCCACGGAUAUUUACCAUUCAUGGCUUGUGGCCAAGCAACUUCACAAAUCGUCAUGAACCUUGCGUUGGUGCACAAUUUAGUAGAGUUGUGAUGAAUGAAGCCUCCAAUGAUGACUUGCGAGCUGAUCUGGAGUUGUCAUGGCGAAGCUUCAUCAGUGGGCAGUCAAAUAUGGACUUCUGGGAAUAUGAAUACAACACACACGGCAAGUGCUCCGACCACAAGUUUUCGCAGACGCAAUACUUCGACCGUGCCAGGAGUUUGUGGAAGCAAUACAAAGCUCAUACUCUAUUUUCUAAUCGCUCGCUUGAACCAGGCAAGUCAUAUCGUUUAACUGACCUUGAACAAGCCAUCCGAUCAUUUAUAGGCGGGAGAAGACCUCUUCUCCUUUGCAAGAAAUCUGAGGAGGAGAAAAAACAAUAUUUGCUGGAAGUCGUAAUUUGCUUUGAUGACAGAGCAAUCAAUCCAGUGAAUUGUCCCAGGAGGAAAGAAUGUGAUCCACGAUCACCUGUAUGGUAUAUGCUAUAG